AUGGAUAAGUAUAUCACGAGAUGGAAAAUUGGGCAACCAAGUUCUAGUUCUACUCAUCCAUCUGUUGCUUCAUCUGUAGCUCCAGAAAUUCAAAGGGAAAUCAUGGCUCCAGAAAUUCGAAGGGAAACAUUUCCUUCGGGUGUUAAUUUAGAAUCUUUUGAAGCUGAUCCGAGAAUUAGAAAGCCUAUUGCAGAAUAUAACCCUAAUAUACGUGAUGAAGUUAGGAGAUAUUAUAUUCAAAAAGGGCCUUGCCAACCUGAGGUUCAUGAUUUUCCUAAAACUAAGUUUGGGAAGGAAAUGCGCCAGUUUAAUGCUAAUUGGUAUAAGGGUCGUCGUAAGUUGUUGGAGUACAGUGUAGCAAAAGAUGUUGCAUAUUGUUUAUGUUGCUAUUUGUUCCAAAAUGAACAUGAAAGUAAUGGAAAUACGAGUGAAACUUAUACAAAAGUUGGCUUUAAAGCUUGGAACAAGGCUCUUGAAAGAUUUAGAGCUCAUGUUGGAGAGGUAAAUAGCAUCCACAACAAGUGUUUUAAUAGGAUGCUUGAUUUAAUGAAUCAAUCACAGUCAAUUCAAACUGCCUAUGACAAGAAACUCGAAAAAGAUAAAAGUGAAUCGCGACGUCGCUUGAGUGCUUCAGUCGAUGUGACAAGGUUUCUCUUGAGACUAGGAUUAUCAUUCCGUGGGCAUAAUGAGAGACAAUAUUAUUCAAAUAGAGGUAUCUUUCUUGAACUUUUGCAAUGGUAUGGAGAUAUUAAUAAAGAUGUUGGAAUCAUUAUAUUAGAAAACGCCCCAAAAAAUGAAAUGAUGUGUUCUCCGAGUAUUCAAAAGGAUAUUGUUGAUUCUUGUGCUAAAGAUACAAUCAAAGCCAUCAUUGAAGACUUGGAUGGGGAUUAUUUCGGGAUACUAGUUGAUGAAUCAAAGGAUAUAUCACACAAGGAGCAAAUGGCAAUUGUUCUGAGAUAUGUUAACAAAGAAGGCGAAGUAGUAGAGCGAGUUGUUGGUAUUAUUCAUGUUAGUGAUACAUCUGCUCGUUCAUUAAAGGAGGCAAUCUACUCUUUUCUUUCAGAUCACUCAUUAAGUCCAUCACAAAUACGUGGGCAAGGUUACGAUGGAGCUAGCAACAUGCAGGGAGAGCUAAAUGGCCUUAAGACUUUGAUUUUGAAUGAGACUCCAUCAGAAUAUUGCAUUCAUUGUUUUGCUCACCAAUUGCAGUUAACACUUGUAGCUCUUGCAAAGAAGAAUUCGAAUGUAGAUGAUUUUUUUUGUAUAGUUACUAAUGUGUUAAAUAUUGUUGGAGCAUCUUUUAAGCGCAGAGAGUUGCUUCGAGAACAUCAAGCUGAAAAGUUAGAGGAGCUGCUCAUAUCAGGUGAAGUGCAUACUGGGCGAGGAUUAAAUCAAGAACGUGGACUUCAACGACUAGGUGAUACUCGUUGGGGUUCUGAUUAUAGAACAUUAGAUAAUCUCACUGUCCUAUUUCCAUCAAUCAUUCAGGUGCUUGAAUUUACUGGACGUGAGUGUCCUAAUUAUACUGACAGACUUGUUGCUAAAAGUAGUGUGAGUACGAUUAAGGAAUUUGAUUUUGCUUUUAUGUUGCACUUGAUAUGGAAAGUUCUAAUGAUGACAAAUGAGUUGAGCUCCUCAUUACAAAGGAUGGAUCAAGAUAUUGUCAAUGCUAUGGGACUUCUCGCUCUUACAAAGCAAAGAUUACAAAAAAUGAGGGAUAGUGAAUUCGAAUUAUUAAUGGAUGAUGUCUCUUCCUUUUGUGAUAAAUAUGAAAUAAUGAUUCCAAAUAUGGACGCUAGCUACUUUCCUGGAAGAUCGAAGCGUAGAUAUCUUGAUAUUAAAUAUUCUCAUAAUUUGCGCGUUGAUAUUUUUUAUGCUGUUAUUGAUUUACAUCUUCAAGAGCUUAAGAAUCGUUUCGAUGCUGUGAGUACUGACUUACUUCUCGGUAUGGCUAGUUUGAAUCCAGUUAAUUCAUUCGAAAAUUUUGAUAAGAACAUGAUAAUGAGGUUGGCCGAAUGUUAUAUGAAUGAGUUUGAUAGUAGCAAGGUUCGGGAUCUCAGUUGUCAGCUUGAUAGUUUUAUAGUUUAUGUUCGUGGUUCUGACAAGAGGUUCUUCAACUUGAAGGGAAUUAGUGACCUUGCAAAAUUGUUGGUUAAGUCUGAUUUGCAUCAAACCUGGCCACUUGUUUAUUUGCUUAUCAAGUUGACUCUCAUUCUUCCCGUUGCUACUGCGUCUAUGGAACGGGCUUUCUCUUCCAUGAAGUACAUCAAAAAUGACCUUCGUAACAGUAUUGGUGAUGAAUUUUUGAAUGGUUGUUUAGUUUGCUAUGUAGAGCGUAAGAUAUUCGCAAAUGUAAGCAAUGAUACUAUUAUUCAUCGUUUUCAACAUAUGAAAAGUCGUCGAGCACAAUUAUGA